CACGCCGUAAUCGCCCCCCCACCGCGAGCGAUCGCUCGCGAGCUUCCAAGCCCCUCCGUCCUCCCUCUCCGUCCUUCGCCUCCGUCCAUGGCGGCCGGCAUCCCGCGUCGACGACGACGCCGACGACGACGGCUUCGGGGACUUCGCCUUCGCCUCCGCCCCCAGCUCCACGGCCGCUUCCGCCGCCGCCUCAUUUUCCGGCAACGGUGGAGCACCCGCCUCCGCCUCCGCCUCCGCCUCUCAGAACGACGACGACUGGUCCGAUUUCGUCAGCUUCGGCCGGAUCUCGCCUUCCAAAUCCGUCGCCGGUCCCCGAGCAACUCGGGCUCGCCGGCGGUACCUGAUUUAUUCGCGGAUCGCGUUGUGGAACCGCAGGUCGCCGCUGCUCCGGCGCCGAGCAGCGCGAAUUCACUGGAAGCCCAGUGGCGGAAGCCGAAGGGAGCUAUACCGUUGUCGAUAUUCGGGGAAGAGGAGGAGGAGGAGGAACAACCUGCCGCAGUCGAUCCUUCAGUGGCCGGUGGUCACGCGUUUAAGCUUCCGAAUGGUCAUUCGGUGAAGAGGAGUUCCGAUUUGAAUGUCGGCGUCGGAUUGAACGACUUGAUUUCUAAUUUGUAUGAUCGGAGUCCGAAAGUCGGUAAUCAAAAUGGAACGGAUACGUAUCAUGACGCGAACUCGGUGGUACACGGUCAGGAUCUGAACGUUAAAGCUCAAACUGGGUCGAAUCUGAAGUUGAGCUCGAACGGGAUAGACUCCUCCGUGCUUAACGGAAACGGUGAGUUAGAUGAUGAUGAAGAGUGGGAAUUUAAGUUUGUGGAUGCGGAGAGAGUGUCCAACGACCAGAAUAUUGAGGAAAAGCAGAAUAAAGUUGAGAUCGAUGCAGCUGAGAAUGUGAACAUGUCCAUUUCAAGUGGCAGUGGUUGGAAUUUUAAUGUGCAUGUUCCCACUCCAAGCUUCGACACACUGAAGUCAGGCAUUAAUGGGCUUGUUAUUGAUUCUGUUAGAAAGAGGAGGAUACAGGCAACGAUUUUGGUUGGGAAUUCAAAGGUGCAGAAAUUGAAACUCAAUUCAAUCAUGAGAACCAUAAGCAAUGGUGCACAUGGACAAUCCGAUCUGUUUGCCUCAUCAAAGUGGAUUGCUGAUAAAUUUGUGACGUCAAAUUCUGUGUAUGACUUGAACCCAAAAGCCAAGAUUGACCUGAAAGGCUCCAAUCAUGAAGCUAAUUUCAAUCAAGUUGAUGGAGUUGCUGAAAUCGAGGAAAACGAUUGGGACUUUAGGUGUGCAUCUUCAGAAACUGGUUCAAGUGCUCAGGUACUGCAUCACUUCUUGCUGAUAAUGGUGCAAAGACAAGUACAACGGAGAGUAGUGUUGACUUUGGCGAAAAUCUUUAGGGAAUUUAAAGACGCUUUAUCAGAAGCUGCAUCAAAGCAUGAGAGAAAUGAGAAACAUCAAGGGAAUGGGAAAAAGGAAGCCCUGCCAUCGUCUCUUUUUGGUGGUGAAGAUUUAGGGAAAGAAGAUACAAUAGUUCAAGGUGACAGUUUUAUCAAAGAACCUACACCUGAUACAAGAGAUAGAACUAAACUAACUUCAGGAACAUCCAUUACUGAUCUCAUAUCAAGUCUGUACAGUGAAUCCAUGCCGAGUACUCCCGCAGCUGACAUUAAGAAGCUGAGUGAGGGUGCACUGAAUACCACCUGGACAAAUUCGGAACCAGAUUCAGCAAUCAAAGAGGAUGACUUUGAUGAAUGGGAUUUUCAGGGUGCCUAUACACCGAGAGGAGAUGAAGCUCAGAGCUUUGGUACAAGUACUCCAUGGCUCGGUGUUGAUGGGUCGAAUUCAAGCCACACUGUGCCAAUGUCCAGAGUAGGAAAUAACCUAAACAUCUUAGAGGAUAUUUCUUGGGAGCAUAAGGAUGUCUACCCUGGGACCAAAUCUGCAGAAGUCUCUAUAACCAGUCCUGUGGAUUUGCCUCAAAGUUUUGGCAUUGAAUUAAAACUUGAUGAUCUUGUUCAAUUCUAUUGCAAUUUGAAGGAUGAGUUGUGCCUUGUUGCUUGCCGGCAUCUUAAUCAGAAGGCACAUGACCCUGUUGAUCUUGCCGGUGAAACUGCGAAGGCAAAAGCUCAUGAUGAGGAAAUUCAGGAGCUUUACAAUGAGCUGCAUUUAAGCAAGUCAAUCUUACAACCGCCCUCAAAUAAUCUAUCUGAGAGAGAUAUCAGCAUCAGUACAUUUCUUGAAGUCUUAUCUGGAGAAAAGUUCCGCAUAAUUGAGGCAGAAUAUAACUUGUCGAGCAGAUUGUCAUCGGUAGAGAGAGAUUCAAAGUCAUUGGUUGAACUCUUGAGACACGUAGCCUUGGUACUGAAAAUUUUAAAAUUAGGAUCAGCUGAGGCACAAUCUAAUUAUGUUUCCACAUGGUCCAAAAUGAUCUCUGCUUGUGCUCAAGAGCUAAAGCAUGGAGCCUCAAUAUGGAAGCAAUCUCUAGAGAAGAAUGUUUCCAGUCAAAUAUUAUCUGAAAAAGAAGGCAAGCAGUAUGUACUUGCCCUGGGAGAAGUUUACAGAGCAGUUGGAGUUCUUGGGGCAUCAGCCAUGUUAUACAAACCAUGGAUUCUUCUUAAUUAUAGAGAUUUCUCUGGCGCAUCUGCUCUUUUAGAUGAAUGUACUACUAUGUGGUCCAGUUCAGGCCUUGAAGAAGCUCUUCAAAACAUAUCUGAUCCGCUGGAGUUCCAAUAUGAGGACAGUGUCAAGGCUUUAUUGGAGUCUAUCAAGCAUGUUUACACUCUCAAUGCAGGUGUACUCCAGAAGGCUAUUUUUCUUGUGAAGAACCUGUUUGCCGUUUGUCUCUCAUGGAAUCUUUGGCUGGCUAUAUACGUUGAACCUUUUGCUUGGAACCUUAAUUUUGCUUCUAAAAUGCUGUUUGCUGUUGUUGACCCAGGUAUGAAGAUGAUUUUCUGGGACGAGGAGCAGUAUUUUCUCAAACUUGCUAAUCUAUGGGCAAAUUUGAUCAGCCAUCAUCCUCCGGAAUUGCCAUCCAUCAAGAUUUAUGGAUCAUGACGCGACGUUUACCAGCCGGACUGACUGUUUCCCCCAAAAAAUGGAAGCAUCGACUGCAAAAACCAUAAAAGCUCCGAGGAAAGUACGUACAAUACACCGUCUUAGUGUGGCCGAAAUUCAUUCCCAUUCUUUUCUCUCUUAGGCCCAUGAUUAGGGUGGAGGAGAGUCUUUCUCCAACGUAAUUCUUUUUGGUAAGAAGUGUAGUAGCAUAGUCGUCUUGAAGAUAGAGAAAAAGCGUCGCCAAAUUCUCUGUAUAACAAUAAAAGUUCUUUGAGUGAAAAAUGAGAUGGGGAUUGCAAUACUUCCCAGUGCAUUGUGUA